AUGACACAGAAGACAACAACGCAAUGCGAGGAGUGGUUAGAGGCUGGCUGGAUGUCAGAAAUUAGUGGCUUUUGCGAAAGCUACAGGUCUAUCACAGACAAUUGCCUGAUUGGCGAUACUUUGUCUGAUUUGGCGACGUGUCAAACUCAAGAGGAAUGGAACGAUUUCCCUGCUCCUGCUUGUCCCACAGAGGCAGACACUACGCAAUACGUGUGGAUUGCAGACAACGGUCCGGGGUGGCAUGAGGUCUCGGUUUUUGCAAACGAAUCCGUCGACGAACGGCACGUUGAGACAAGCCCUUCACAAUCGACAGAUUCUAGACCUUCACAAUCGACAGAUUCUAGACCUUCACAAUCGACAGAUUCUAGACCUUCACAAUCGACAGAUUCUAGACCUUCAAUGUUGGCUUCAGCUUGGUCUAGCAAGCUCCAUUCAUCCUCGGCAGAGGUGAGCACAAAGGAUACUAUUGGUCAGCCACACGAUGGGAACAAACACCAAGAGUCACCCACUCUACAGGCCGGAAAGAGCCGGAAAAAAAGGAAGUCGCCGUCUGGGGUAACAGACCACCCAGUCCAACAAAGAAAGAGGUCAUCGCGUUCGACAGUUACGAGCAACCAGAAACAAAGAUUGAUGGAACAGAAUCGGCUAGCCGCUCUGAGAUGCCGCGAACGAAAGCAUGACGAAGCACGAGCACUGAGGAUAGAGUUGGAGAAAUUGGAGGAUCAGCACAGAAAGCUCUCUGAGUACCACGAUGCAUUGGAAGACGAGGUAUUCAGGCUCAAGAGUCAAGUCCUGGAACACGGGCGCUGUGAUUGCAUUCUGCUGCGACAGUAUAUCGAGAGCGAGGCGCUUAAGAUCGUGAACCUUUCGUUCGUGGCCUCUGGGUGCAGUCCGGGUACCUAUACCACUACGAUUCCCUAA